CGCUCGGUGAUCCUCCGAGACUCCCGCAGACCAACGCGCAGAUCACCUCUUCGCCUAUCACCAAACGCUCCAAACCAAUCUCGCCAUCGAGAGAGCACUUCCGGCGAGGGCGGCGAAGCGAGCGAGGAGCAACUCGGCGUGGUCGUCGUAGCACCGUAGCAAGCAGCUGCGCGAUGGCAUCGGCGGGUUCCGGCGACGAGAAGGCGGCCACGGUCACCCUCAUCAGCUCCGACAACGAGCACUUCGAGGUGCCGGAGGCGGUGGCGACCCUGUCCCAGACCAUCCGCCACAUGAUCGAGGACGGCUGCACCGACGGCGGCGUCCCGCUCCCCAACGUCACCGGCCGGAUCCUCGCCAAGGUCCUCGAGUACUGCAACAAGCACGCCGCCGCGUCGGACAAGGACGAGCUGGAGAAGUUCGACAAGGCGUUCGUCGAUAUCGACGACCAGGCCACGCUGUUCGACCUCGUGAUGGCCGCCAACUACCUCGACAUCAGGGGGAUGCUGGACCUCACCUGCCAGACGAUCGCCGACAUGAUCAAGGGCAAGUCGGUGGAGGAGAUCAGGGAGACGUUCAACAUCAAGAACGACUUCACACCGGAGGAGGAGGCGGAGAUCCGCAGGGAGAAUCAGUGGGCCUUCGACGAUUAGAGGAGGCCGCCGCUCCGGGCGCUGUGGAUGCGCGACCUUUUGCAACUAUGCUAAGUUCAGAGUCCGUUUAGUCCAUCAGAUUGCUUCUUUAAAAUAGUUAUUAUUAUAAUUUUUCCUUAAUGUACAAGGUCUAAUAAGGGAUUAAUUAAUAUUAGUCGUAAUUCAG